GCGUCGUGACGUCACCACGCACAGGCCUCGCUCCCAGACUCCGCGCCCCGGGCUGUCAUCACUUUACCGGGAGAGGCGAAGGGCAUCCGGGAUCCCGAGCGAGAGGGGAGCCGCUGAACCGUGUUUCUUGAGAGGACAAACGGACCGGUGGACGUGUGAUUUGUCCUUCCUGUCUGAGGACGGCCCUUUGUUUCUGACGCUGAGGUCGAGGACGUCCGACCCGUCGGACCGAGCGCCACUGGGGGUGUGAUACUUUAAGGACUGCUAAUGCAUCGGUUAAGGACUUGUGCGGUGCGGUUGCGCCCGCUAACCGCCUCCCAGGCGGCUCAGACUGUCGGCCAGCACCGGCCAAUCACAGUCGCCUCUAAGGGCGGCAAAAGGACGUUUCAGCCAAUCAGGUGCUACACGGCACCGGUGGCCUCGGAGCCCUUCCUGAACGGGACAAGCUCCAACUACGUGGAGGAGAUGUACUACGCCUGGUUGGAGAACCCCAAGAGUGUUCACAAGUCGUGGGACGUGUUCUUCCGGAACGCCAACGCCGGUGCUCCUCCUGGCUCCGCCUACCAGUCCCCUCUGGGUCUGUCGGCGCCGCCCCAGCUCUCCUCCCUGGUCGGAGCUCAGCCCAACGUGGAGAAGCUGGUGGAGGAUCACCUGGCGGUCCAGUCCCUCAUCCGGGCCUACCAGAUCCGAGGGCACCAUGUGGCCCAGUUGGACCCCCUCGGCAUCAUGGACGCCGAUCUGGACUCGUGUGUUCCCACUGACAUUAUCACCUCGUCUGACAAGCUGGACGUGGCCGUCUUCAAGGAGAGGCUGAGAGACCUAACGGUAGGAGGCUUCUACGGCCUGGAUGAGUCUGACCUGGACAAGGUGUUCCGUCUUCCCACCACCACCUUCAUCGGAGGCUCAGAGAGCGCUCUGCCACUGAAGGAGAUCAUCCGCCGCCUGGAGAUGGCCUACUGUCAACACAUCGGGGUGGAGUUCAUGUUCAUCAAUGACCUGGAGCAGUGUCAGUGGAUCCGACAGAAGUUUGAGACUCCAGGAGUGAUGCAGUUCACUCUGGAGGAGAAGAGGACACUUCUGGCCAGGAUGAUCCGCUCCACCAGGUUUGAGGAGUUCCUCCAGAAGAAGUGGUCUGCAGAGAAACGUUUUGGUCUGGAGGGAUGCGAGUCUCUGAUUCCAGCUCUGAAGACCAUCAUUGAUAAAUCCUCGGAGAGCGGCGUGGAGAACGUCAUCAUGGGGAUGCCACACAGGGGACGUCUGAAUGUUUUGGCCAACGUGAUCCGUAAAGAGCUGGAACAAAUCUUCUGUCAGUUUGACUCCAAACUGGAAGCUGCUGAUGAGGGCUCUGGAGACGUGAAGUACCACCUGGGGAUGUACCAUCGUCGUAUCAACCGUGUGACGGACAGGAACAUCACGCUGUCGCUGGUGGCAAACCCCUCCCACCUGGAGGCCGUGGACCCCGUGGUCCAGGGCAAGACCAAGGCCGAGCAGUUCUACUGUGGAGACAACGACGGGAACAGAGUGAUGUCCGUCCUGCUCCACGGAGACGCUGCCUUCGCAGGUCAGGGCAUCGUCUACGAGACCUUCCACCUGUCUGACCUGCCGUCCUACACCACCCACGGCACCGUCCACGUCGUCGUCAACAACCAGAUCGGUUUCACCACCGACCCCCGUGUCGCCCGCUCGUCUCCGUACCCGACCGACGUCGCCCGGGUCGUCAACGCUCCGAUCUUCCACGUCAACGCCGACGACCCCGAGGCCGUCAUCUACGUCUGCAAGGUGGCGGCCGAGUGGAGAGCCACCUUCCACAAGGACGUGGUGGUCGACCUGGUGUGUUACCGUCGCAUGGGUCACAAUGAGAUGGACGAACCCAUGUUCACGCAGCCGCUGAUGUACAAGCAGAUCAAGAAGCAGAAGCCGGUGCUGCAGAAAUACGCUGAGAAGCUGAUCGCAGAAGGAGCCGUGAGCCGGCAGGAGUACGAGGAGGAAAUCUCCAAGUACGAUAAGAUCUGCGAGGAGGCGUACGCUCGCUCCAAAGACGAGAAGAUCCUCCACAUCAAGCACUGGCUGGACUCCCCAUGGCCCGGUUUCUUCACCCUGGAUGGACAGCCCAAGUCCAUGAGCUGCCCGUCCACCGGCCUGACCGAAGAGGAGCUGAACAGCAUCGGACAGGUGGCGUCGUCCGUCCCCGUGGAGGACUUCACCAUCCACGGAGGUCUGAGUCGGAUCCUGAAGAGCCGAGGGGAGAUGGUCCGGAACCGCACGGUGGACUGGGCUCUGGGGGAGUACAUGGCCUUCGGGUCUCUGCUGAAAGAGGGGAUCCACGUCCGGCUGUCGGGACAAGACGUGGAGCGAGGGACCUUCAGCCACCGUCACCACGUCCUCCAUGACCAGAACGUGGACAAGAGGAUCUGUAUUCCCAUGAACCACCUGUCUCCUGAGCAGGCGCCGUACACCGUGUGCAACAGCUCCCUGUCCGAGUACGGCGUCCUCGGCUUCGAGCUGGGCUUCGCCAUGGCCAGUCCCAACGCUCUGAUCCUGUGGGAGGCUCAGUUUGGAGAUUUCCACAACACGGCUCAGUGCAUCAUCGACCAGUUCAUCUGCCCCGGCCAGGCCAAGUGGGUCCGACAGAACGGCAUCGUGCUGCUGCUGCCCCACGGCAUGGAGGGCAUGGGUCCAGAACAUUCUUCAGCUCGUCCUGAGAGGUUCCUCCAGAUGUGCAACGACGACCCCGACGUGAUGCCGAACAUCACCGAUGACUUCGCUGUGCGUCAGCUCUACGACUGCAACUGGAUCGUGGUGAACUGUGCGUCUCCUGGGAACUACUUCCACGUCCUCCGACGACAGAUCCUGCUGCCCUUCAGGAAGCCACUCAUCGUCUUCACUCCCAAAUCUCUGCUGCGUCACCCGGAGGCUCGGUCCAGCUUUGAUGAGAUGUUACCGGGAACUCAUUUCCAGAGGUUGAUUCCAGAGUCUGGUCCCGCGUCUCAGCGUCCUGAGCAGGUCAAGAGGUUGAUCUUCUGCACCGGGAAAGUUUAUUAUGAGUUGACCAAAGAGAGGAAGAACCGAGGAAUGGAGGAGACGGUGGCCAUCGCCCGCAUCGAGCAGCUCUCUCCGUUCCCAUUCGACCUGGUGAAGGCGGAGUCAGAGCGUUUCUCCAACGCCGACCUGGUUUGGAGUCAGGAGGAGCAUAAGAACCAGGGUUACUACGACUACGUCAAGCCUCGCAUCAGGACCACCAUCCAGAGAGCCAAGCCCGUCUGGUACGCUGGUCGCGGGCCGGCGGCGGCUCCAGCCACAGGAAACAAAAACACCCACCUGAUGGAGCUGCGACGUUUCCUGGACAACGCCUUCGGCCUGGACGCGUUCAAAGACCAGCAGUAAACCGGAGACCUGGAUCGCACCCCCACCCUCCCACCAACCAACCAACCAACCAACCAACCAACCAGACACACCGUCACCACAUCCACAUCCAUGGGUUCACCGGUGAAAUCUGCUCGUAAACAAACAGAAUGUUCAGGUUUUUAGGUUUUCUCUGGUUCAGCUGCUUCAUUGAACACAAAUUGGUCUUAAAUUGGUCAAAUUUUCAAUGGAGUCUGGUUCAGAGUAUUUUCAGCUUCUCAGCGCUGAAACAUUUUGAUCCUGAAUCUAAAAAUCUAAACCUUUAUUGACACGACUUCCUCCGUCCAGCUUUUCACCGACUAGAUGGUUCAUCUUCGUCAUCAUCAUCAGUCAGUUCAUCUUCUUCAUCCCUGAAUAAUCCAGAAAGGUCACAGGAAACAUUUUAAGUUUUUAAAUGUAGUAAUAAAAUUGCUGGUUAGCAUGGUUAGCGUCCGGCUAGCAGCGAGCGAGGAUCACUACAGGCCGUCGCCAUGGCAACGCUUUCAGGUUUUAUCGUGUUUCACUUUGAAGGGAAAUCUGGGAGCUCUGAUUCUUCUGCACCGUGAUUGGUUCAUUAUCCUCGUCUCUUUUCACCCCGUGCCAAAAAAAAUCAAAAAAACUAAACAAAAGCAGCGUCUCCUGGUUUUAGAAUUCAUUCUUUUCUUUCUUUUCUUUCUCUUUUUUUUUUUUUUUUGCGUGUCCUCCACCGAGCUGCUGAACGAACGAAGAGGAAGCGGUGGAGGACGAAGUGGGCUGCAAAGAAAAUGACUUAUUUAUUUUCAUAUUAGGGGAUUGAAGUUCAUUAUUUUGCUUCAUUCAAUAAAGAAAUGCUGUACGUACCGAA